UGGAACGAUUAUGAAAUCUCGUGUACCAGCGGCAGCACAUUUAACUUCAGACAAAAUGAUGGCCAAGAUAGGUAGAGGUAGCUCGGAACAAAUUGUAAGGCAAGAUGGCGAAAUAGUGGUUGUACAGUGGUAUGACCUGAAAUCUGUACUUUUGGCAUCUACUCGUCUAGGAAUUCAGCCUAGUGAUGAGUGUAAACGGUGGUCUAAGAAAGACUCUAAAUACAUACAAGUUGCAAAUACAACGCUGAUAGACCGAAUGAUCAGCUAUUACAGAAUUCAAGCCAGAUCAAAAAAAUGGACUGUGAGAGUCAUUUUCCAUUUCUUUGAUUUAGCAUUGGCAAACUCAUGGAUUUUUUAUCGAAGAGAUAAAAAGAUAUUUCAAACCUCUACACGAAAAAUACAGCAGUAUCUAGAUUUUAAAAUCGAAAUUGCCACGUACCUUUUGAAAAAUGAAUCCAACAUUUUCCAAGAAAAUAUACGAGGUAUAGGAACUCGAAGAAAUCCUGAGGGUAAUAUCAUUGUUGAUUCACCAUCAGCAGGCACCGAAAGAAAGCGGAAAGAACAUUACUCAGAAAUUGCCUCAGAUUUAAGAAAUUCGGUUCGAUGUAAAAAUGACAGUUGUACUAAAAAAACGAAGUUUUUUUGUAAUAGAUGUAACACAUUCUUAUGCAUAACUGGCUACAGAAACUGCUUUAUAGAGUUCCAUAACAGAUAAAUUUAAGUUUACGUUUAUUUUCUAUGUUCUUAUAAGUUUAAGUUUUAAUUUUAAAUGUAUUUUUAACCAUCUAAAUAACUUAUACAUUAGGCAUUUUUGUAUAGGUUAAGACCCAAUGUCCAUUUUAAUGGACGUCAUGUAUCUUUCAAAAUAAGAAAAAAAAAAUAAAAAAUGUCCUCAGUAAAGAAUGUUUGUUAAUGUAUUUUCUGUUAUAUUUAAAAACGUCACAAC